GCUCUUCGUUCUUCAUAUCGUUCGUUCAUUUCUUUCUUACUAUCCUUAUCAUUCUAUAGAUCAUAAUGAGACCUCAAUUUCUCCAUCGCUCGCUGGGACUGCUGCAGCGCAUUCCCAAUCGCUCCUUCGUACCAACUGGCUUGGGCUACAGGACCCUCAGUUCCUCGCCUCGCGUUCCUGACUUUGCCUUCGCUUUUGAUAUCGAUGGCGUCCUCCUACGAUCCUCAAAGCCCAUCCCCGGCGCAGCAGACUCGUUGCGAUACCUCAAAGAACAGAACAUCCCGUUUAUCCUUCUCACGAAUGGCGGCGGAAAACACGAGACGGAACGAGUUGCGGAGCUUAGUGAGAAGCUUGAAGUUCCGUUAGAUCCGUCGGUUAUUAUUCAAAGCCAUUCCCCCUUUGCGGAACUCGCGGGUGCGUUGGAGAAUAAGCGUGUGUUGGUUGUCGGAGGGGAUAGCGAUCGUUGCCGUCAGGUAGCAGAGAGGUACGGAUUCAAGAACGUGAUCACACCCGGCGAUAUCUUCAUGGCCAACCCCGGCAUCUGGCCAGUAUCCAAAGUAUUCCGCAGCUACUACGAGCAAUUCGCCAGACCAAUCGAGAAUCCCAACCAGAUCGAUGCACAGGAUCCCUCAAGAGGACUUAAAAUCGAUGCCGUUUUCGUCUACAAUGACCCUCGCGACUGGGGCCUGGACGCACAAGUGAUCAUGGAUGUUCUCCUAUCAUCGGAAGGAGUCCUAGGAACAAUCUCGCAGAAGAAUGGCCAGGCCGAUCUCCCCAACAAAGGCUACCAGCAAGACGACCAGCCACCCUUAUACUUCUCCAACCCAGAUCUGUGGUGGGCAGCAGCCUACCCCCUUCCCCGUCUCGGACAGGGUGGAUUCCGCGAAGCCUUAGAAGGCGUCUGGGCCGCAACAACAGGCGGACCCAGUAAAGGCGUUGAACUGAAGAAGAACAUCGCAGGAAAGCCAUACCAGGCAACAUACGAGUUCGCAGAGCACCAACUCAUGCGCAACCGAUCGCGGUCCUUUGGCGGGGCUAUCACCCAGCCUUUACGUAACGUCUAUAUGAUCGGUGACAACCCAGCAUCUGAUAUUUGCGGAGCAAAUACCUUCCGGAGUAUCCAUAAGAGCGAAUGGCAUUCUAUCCUCGUUCGCACUGGUGUUUACCGUGGAGGUGAACCUGCGUGGAAGCCGAAGACGAUCGCCGAUGAUGUGCAGAAAGCUGUUGAAUGGGGGCUUAAGUCUUCGAAGUGGUAAUCUGCUUGGGACUUUGGGUGCACCCAGUCACCUCAUAGAUCCUUUCACCUUAUGAACAUUCGAACUUGAAUAAACUACUCUACAAUGAUCGACCAUGAAAAAUAUUGUCUUCAUUCCAUUUACUUUUCUGCAAACAAAGAUGCAUCAACUUAGAUAUAUAACGGGCGUCGACGCCUACAAUAUCCAUCUCUAAUACCAUACUCUAGAAACAAUGGCAACAUACAACUUGGGU